GCAAGCAUUGAUCAUUGAUGCAAUGAGCCAACUCUCUGCCAUCUUAUCGGAUCACUUACUAUCGUUGUUGAGCUCAGAACUCGCGUAAUAUCUUGCGGUUGAGAUCUUGACACUGACACACCUUCGCAUAUCGCAGCUCUGCGACACCUGAAUCCAAACACUGCAACUACCCAUCUUCCAAUCUUGUUAUCUGCGAUAACAAUUACUGUGGAUCAGCAAAGCUAGCUAGCAUCCGCGCAAGCAUCUGCUCUGAUCGGGGGUUCUCCAUACGUUUUGCAACAUCGAUAGGUACUCACCACGAGCAAGCCAACUCCACUAUCGAACUGCUUGACCUGCUGCUUGGGGGGUACAGAAAUGUAUCCUGUGUUUACUCCAACUUGAAGACGCAUCUACAUAAUGGCUACGCAACUGCGGAAGAAGCUGGUGUAUUCGGUUGACAGCCCCUUCUCUGCAACACAUUGGCCAGAUGUUACCCCUGAAGAUCAAGAUGCAAUUCUAGAACUUCUCAUCAGCCUUUUGUACCCUCUGGGCCAAUACCGUCAGAGGCACAUCAAGCCCUCAGAAGGCAAGCGUACAGCCAAGAGAAAGAGAACGGCACCGGGUGCAACCUCGACCGAACCGGUCAAGAGCGAACGCCCGCCAGCACCGGAACUAGCCUCCUUCAUCGACGUCGGCCUAGUGGCAAUUACACGCAACCUUGAAAAGCUUGCAGCAGGUCAGCAGGGUUUCGAGGGUACCUCCAAACACGAUAACGCCACGGCGAACUCGCCUAGCCCGUACUCUAUUAUCUUUGUUGCUCGCUCGGGUCAGCCCUCCGCCUUCAACUGCCAACUCCCCCAGAUGGUCGCCGUUGCUUCCAAGAGCUCGCCGUCUGAGCCUCCAACGCGGCUUGUAGGUUAUUCGAGGCCGUGCGCCGAGAAGCUCAGUGCUUGCCUAGGUAUUCCAAGGGCCUCGGCGGUUGGAAUACGGGUCGGUGCUCCCAUGUCCAAAGCUCUGGUCGAUUACGUUCAGCAACACGUCUCUCCCGUCAGAGUGGCUUGGCUUGAUGAGGCUGAGAAAGCUGUGUAUCGUCCUACACAGUUGAAGAUAGACGAGAAGAUGGUGCCGGCGAAGAAGAGCGGCAAGGCUUGAUUUUGAGCAUCGAUAUCGCCAGUUACGGAGGCUGAAGUGUCAACUUUUGGAGAGACUUUAAUACGGCAAAGCUGAUUGAGCAAUCUGUAAGUUCUUAAAUAAUCUUGUUGGUCAAGUCCCGCCAGGUCCUCCUGUACAAUAACAAGGGCUACAUAGCCAUUCCUCCAUUGUGUUCAUCGUUUGGGCAAUGAAUAAUUUUUGGCCCUUCUGCCAUCUUGUAUG